AAAUUAGAUUUAGAACGACGUUAGAACCAAGUUCUAACGUUACGGGAGGUCAUCCAAUAGUAGGUCUAUCACAAUUUGAACGACGUGGGAUUUAAAUUCUCCCACUGCAUGCACCUACCAUUUCGCUCAGACUGAUCCUCCACUUCAACUUCCAUUCAUCAUGUCAAAAGACCAUAUCAACCAAUCGAGGGAUUCCAGGCCAGUUCUGGCUCCAGAAAUCCGAACACACAGUGAAGCAAUAACUAGUGAAAGCUCUGCCCGACCCCCAAACAAGAUUCAUCGCUUUCUGCGGAAGGUUAGGGACGGUGUUUUAAUCAAGAAGAUUGUUCAGAAUGCCCCUUCUGUUGUGGAACAAGGUACUGAUUCUCAAUCGGUGGACACGGCAAUUCGGAAUGCCCGUGAUGCUGUAGAUCAGAUGAAUACGCGUUUGGGACCUGCGGGACUUGUAGCAUCUGUAGGCCAAAAUGGACUAGUGGAUCUUAACAAGGCAGACAAUUUCGAGGCCACAUAUCUCGAACCCCUCAAGAUAUUCGACUCUGUUAUUGGGACACUCGCGAAUGUACAUCCAUAUGCAAAGAUGGCACUAGGCGUGUUGUCUUGUGCAUCGAAAAUUGUUCUUGCUCAAGUGUAUCGCGAUGAAGCUGUACUUAGCCUUCUCCAGAAGUUGGGUCAAGUUUACGGCUUCAUGACAGAAGACAAGAUGCUUCACCAGAUAUCGUCGAUGCACACUAUCCUUGGACAGGUAUCCCAGCAAACACUUGAAUGUGCCCAUUUUAUCAGGGAUUAUUCGGAGACCAAGCGCUUUUGGGAGAGACUGAAAAAGAAUGUUCUUUCCGAAACAAAUGACACGAUUCAACGGUACAGUGACGCGCUAGAUGCGCUCAUGCAAAAUGCUCGGGACCGGAUCAUUCGGGAUGUAGCCAUCGUCGUUCACCGUACGAAUGACGAAUUGAACCUCAGUGGUAUAAAUUAUGCAGCGGGCGCAGGACUCGAUAGCAGGAAGCGAUGCUUACCAGGGACGCGCACAGAUAUUCUUUCCAAGAUCAUGGAAUGGAUCAACGACAGUAGAGAUGAUGUUCCGCGCGUACUAUGGCUCUCUGGCCCUGCUGGGACAGGUAAAUCAGCCAUUGCUCAUACGAUCGCUAGCUCGUUCAUCGGAGUGGGGGGGACUUGGUUCUUGUUACUGCUUCGAUCGAAAUACCGACCAUCGCCAUGACAAGGUUUUCUCCACCAUCGCACGCGACCUCGCUGACCGUAAUCCGGAGAUGAGACGAGCAUUGGCGGACGCAGUCCAGAAUGCCAAUG